UGAGGAAGAAAUUGAUAGUGAGAUAGAAGACGCCCUUUACAGUCAAGUGCAUUAUUCUUUCUCCUUGCCAAAUGAAGAAGACUUGGAUGACAAAGAUGGAGAUGCUGAUUCAUGUCAUGCUGGUAGUGAAGCAUCAUUAAUUCUUGAUUCCAAACCACAAGAUGACAAGGAAGUGCAAGAUGAUGUAAAUGAGGAUGAAGAUUCAGUUAAGACAGUAGAAUAUAUUGUUAUUGAUGAAGAAAGUGGCAGUAGCAGUGGUAAUAGCAAUGAUGACAAUGACAAUCGGGAAGGCAAUAGUGAUGAUGACAAUGACCAUAGUGUUGAAGUCACUGGCUCUACACAAGAAAACUGGAGUUUGAUUGAAGAAGAUCUAAAAACAAAUUUAUUAGCUGAUGGUAAACGACGACCAGUGUCAAGAUACUACAAGAAAGAAGGAAAUUUCAGAUGUCACAACUGUAAUGAAAAGGGUCAUAAGGCCGCAGAUUGUCCCACACCAAAGAAAAUCAGUUGCUUUCUGUGUGGUGGUGAACACAUCAGGAGACGAUGUCCUAAUGAAUUGUGUUUCAACUGUCAAGAACCAGGACACCGUGUGAUGAAUUGUAAGCAGCCCCGAAGUCGGCCGGAUGACCAGUGUCGUAGAUGUUACAUGUUAGGACACCAUUCCAAGGAUUGUCCUGAUCGCUGGAGACAGUAUCAUCGCACAAUAGAUGCAAAGAAACUGCCAGUUGUGAAUAGGACAGGGGAGUUCAAUGGACCAGUAUAUUGCUAUAACUGCUCAGAAGAAGGACACUAUGGACACGAAUGCAUACACGAUCGGAUGGACAAUUACUUAAAUCCAACCUAYCCGUUUGUUGUAAAAUAUGAUGGCGACCCAGAAUUCCAUCAAGACAAUCGCUUUUCACAAGAUAGAUGCAGAAAGCGAACCAGCACUCACGAUGGAACGGUCGGACAGUUCCGUGAAGAAUUCAGCGAGAGAAACAAAGAAAGACAGUCGUGGCCAAAGCAGAGCCAUGAUCGCAAUGAAAGAAGAAGGAAAGAGGAAAUCGAAGAAGGCAUUGAUUAUAGUGGGGUAACUACCAUGCGCGCUGGAAGAGGCGGGGAGUUCAAUGAACGAAUAAGUGAAAGAACCAAAAAACGACGACAGAGAGGUAAAGAUAAAAGGCAUUCCUGGACUGGCCAGAGGCAUGAUCAAGAACAAAGCAGUAGAACGCAAGGAAUUGGGGAAGACAUGACCAUUAGAAUACGAAGCUCGAUACCGCACGAUCAAAAAGCAUCAACUCCUCGACAUUUUGAAAAUGCUAACAAAGUGAAAAUAGGGUCCAAGAGAAGACACAGUGGAACGCCAACGCAGUAUGAUAAUGAAUCAAAGAAAGGAAAGCAGGCUGAGCACAAAAUAAAUAAACAAAAAAGGAAAAAGAUAAAAGAAAAAGAUACUCAGUUUACGUCCCACAAUGAGCGCAUUGUUGAACUUGUUCACGAUGAUGAAGUAUACGGCAAUGAUUAUCAGACCUGUCGACAAAAAAAGACAAAAAACAAGAAGUUCAAUAAGCAAAGAGAACCGCUACCCGACGCGUUCACAAGAAUGGUUGAAGACUGGGAAGAGAUGAAUACAUCUCGCCACUCGUCUGCAGCCUACAACCGUCCUCAAUCACAAGGUUCAUCACAUCGCCAGAACAAAAAGUUCAAAGAGGAUAAGCGUUCGUCACAAGAAUACAACAGGAAACCUUUCAACAGUUCACGAGGUUUUCGAUCUAAAUGGAAGUGAAUAAUCACCGUAUUGUAUAUAUGAAUAUAUAUAUACACACUUGAUUGCAAAAUGAUUGUAGCAUACACUUACACAAAUAUCUAAUGAGAUGCAAGAUAUCAAAUGAGAUGCAAAACUUUAAAAAAGUAACUUAUUUGGUCUUACUUAUCUUCUAUUGUAUCAAAGACAUAAGUAUUGCACAGACUCACGUUUGAAAAUAUAUUUCCACAAAAUGUCGUGGUUAAGCAAUCGUAUUUAAGCAUGUUUUACAUUCUGCAUCUCAUUAGAUAUCUUGCAUCCCACUAGAUAUUCGUAUAAAUGUAUACCACAAACUUUCUGCAAUCAAGUGUAUAUAUAAAAUUUUGCAAUUUUUUAAAAGAAUUUAGAGGCUUUAUAAAUUUUACACCUUUACGAAUGGGGUACCCAGAGUUCCAAAGGUUCUCUCUCCAGAAGCACUGGAGGGAGAGAGUAUUUGGCAAAAAGGAUAUAACUUUGAAUACCCACACACGUCUCCUCCAAUACGAAAUAGUGAACACAGAAGCACUGCCAAUAAAGAAGACUCUUCUGUUUUAUUAGUAUUGCUGGAUUUCAAGGCUGCCAUGUUGUUUUAACUUGCUUCAAUAGAUUUUUUCUUUAUUAUUUUUGUUAUUAGAAAUAACAACAUCGCAGCUAUUUCUUGUUAUUUUAUUCGAAUUCACUUAAAAAUGAUUGCAAGCAACCUAUUAACUCAGUCUUUUGAAUUUGCCUUACAAGACUCCAAAAGGGUGUGGCUAGCCACUCGAUACACUCUUCAGUUGGUAACUAAAUCAACCUAAUUAGUAACAAUUGCAUACUUAUAUGAAUAUACUUAUUUCAAUAAAGUUAGUCACCAAAAACCUAGAAAGCUGCGAUCGCUGAGAAUCAUAGGGAAAUGUCUUGUAUCCAACAAGUAAUGCUUUUGACACAAACUGCAGCAGUUGAGGAUACUCAGAGGAGGUUAACUUGUAACUGGUAGAAGAUCUCAAGUCCAUCAACAGUUAUCAAGCGGUUGAAACACGUAAAAUGUAUCUACCCGUAAUCCUUGUCGGUCUCAGCUUUGUAGCUUUUUAGGUGACUAACUUUAUUGAAAUAAGUGUAUAGUAAUGUAAAUGGACGCUACUUCUAUCGGAUAUUCGAGAUGAUAUUAACAAUAAUUAUGGUGGUUUAAAAAUACUUUUUCUAUAUAAAAAAAUCAAGAAUUGUUUUUGUAAGAACCAAAGACCAUUUAAAAUUUUGUUUCAUUUUAGCAUAAUUUUCUGAAUGUCGAAACGAACACUACAGUCUUCUUUAAUUCCACCUUUUGGAGGAACUCAAGAUCAGCUCCACUUUCUGCUACUUCAACCCUACCCUAAAAGAGUACCAAACAUUCUCGUACCCAAACCCUUCUCAGCUUUCUAACAAUAUCUUUGUUUUUUUGCUGAGAAGGGUCUGGGUACGAGAACGAGUUCCAAACUGUGACAUCAGCAAAUCCCAAAUUCUACAUACUACAAAAAAAAAAAAAAAAAAAAAAAAAAAAAAAAAAAAAAAAAAAAAAAAAAAAAAAAAGAAGAAACAAAACAAAACAAUGCCGGCAUUUCUGAAAACUUUAAGGCUGUUGCGAGCUAUAGAAAUGAUAACAUUGGGCAUUUAAUUAUGGUCCAUAAAAUUUACAUACAUUUUCUUUUUUGCACUGGAUCCAAUCAUUUUUGACCCAGUACUAAAUGCGAGUGAAAUGUAUGGGGUUCUCUGUUUUGCGCUCUUACGCUUUAAAAUUCCGCAACUAUAUCAUAUAUUUACAUGCAAUUUCUGAUUAAAGGAUUGGUAAUAAUU